GAUUUAGAUGACCAGACACUUAUCAAAGCGGGUUUUUGGGUCACGAAGAGUAGUUAUUACCCGGAGCUAGUGUCAGCUGGAAGCUGGUUCACACCAAGACGCAUAGUACCAUUAAACAGAUAUCGAAAAAGUGAUAUGCAAAGGUGGAUAUCAAAAAAGUGA